GUGUCCCUGGCUGUCAGUGUGGGAGAUCAGUCGUGUGUGUGAGUGUGUAUUUCUCCUCAAAUGGUCAGUGUGUCUAUGUUAUCACACCUGUGUGAGCAUCAGAGAUGGAAUUGGACAGUAAGCGCUACUCUCGGAUGGAGGAGGAUGGAGAACAACAUAAAGACACUGAGGCUGUGGGUGUGGCGAACGACCAGUGCACUAUGGGUGAGGAGACGAGGUGUAAUGACAUCACAGUGAUAGAUUCUAACUCCACCCCCUUCCGGAUCACCCCUCUGAAGCACUGUUUAAAGGCUCCGACUGGACCUCUGGCAUAUCUCAUCACCACAGUGUGUCUGGGAGCGUUGUUGUUCGGGGUGGUCUGGUCCAUCGCUGAGAAGGAGUGUUAUCCAGGGGGGAAUCUGUUCGGCAUCAUCAUCUUGUUUCUCUGUGCUGUGUGUGGAGGAAAACUGGUCGGACUGAUCCAACUCCCCACACUGCCUCCCUUCCCCCCUUUACUUGGUAUGUUGCUGGCAGGUCUGGUGCUGCGUAACGUACCGUACGUAACUGAGGCGGUCCACAUUGAGCAGACCUGGUCAGCAGCUCUGAGGAACGUCGCUCUGGCCAUCAUACUGACCCGUGCUGGACUGGGCCUCAACCCUUCGGCUCUCCGCAGACUCAAGGCGGUGUGUGUGCGACUGGCAGUAGGACCGUGUACAGUGGAGGCAUCAACAGUAGCUGUGAUGUCUCACUUCCUGAUGGGCUUGCCCUGGGUCUGGGGAUUCGUACUGGGGUUUGUUCUGAGUGCUGUAUCCCCAGCGGUGGUGGUGCCCUCCAUGUUGUUACUCCAGAAGGAUGGCUACGGCGUGGAGAAGGGAAUCCCUACUCUGCUGAUGGCUGCUGGGAGUUUUGAUGACAUCCUGGCCAUCACAGGUUUCACCACCUGUCUGGGCGUGGCCUUCGCCUCAGGUUCUAGUUGGUAUAAUCUGGGUCGGGGGGUGCUGGAGGUGGGAGGAGGAACAAUCAUCGGAAUCAUUCUUGGAUUUUUCCUCCGUUUUUUCCCCAGCAGAGACCAGGAGGAUGUGGUAUUGAGGAGGAGUGCGAUGUUGCUGGGUCUGUCUGUGUUUGCUGUGUUCGGAAGUAGAGUGGCUGGUUUCCCGGGAGCAGGAGGACUCUGUACUCUGGUCAUGGCCUUCCUAGCUGCGCUGGGCUGGGGGGCAGAGAAGGGCCCAGUAGCAGCAGUGGUAGGGAGCUUCUGGGACAUCUUCCAGCCGCUGCUGUUUGGACUGAUAGGAGCAGAAAUCACAGUAUCUACACUGAACCCCAAUACAGUGGGUCUGGGUCUGGUCUGUAUCAGUGCAGGCCUGCUGGUUCGUGUUCUGGUAACUCUAUCUGUGGUUCUGUUUGCUGGUUUCACUCUGAGAGAGAAGCUCUUUAUCGCUUUGGCCUGGAUCCCCAAAGCCACCGUACAGGCAGCGAUAGGUUCUACAGCCUUGGACAUGGCCCGUGUGUCGGGGGAUGAGGUUCUGGUGAAGUACGGUCUGGAUGUUCUGACUGUGGCUGUUCUGGCCAUCCUCACUACAGCACCUAUAGGAGCCCUGGGGAUCGGCCUGGCGGGGCCCAGACUGCUGACCAGACACUCGGAGGACACACACGCAGACAGGAAAGAGGGCACUGAAGAGGACGCCCCAGAGUCUGUGUCGGGACCCGUGUCUAAAGGGGUGGAGCCAUGUGAGAGCAAGAUGUGACCUCAGCCAAUCACCUUCCAGACAGCAGGGUCCAUUGGACCAGUCAUAAUUCAGAACAGACACUUUGACUGCAUUCCAAAUGGCACCCCGUUACACUGUGUCCUGGUCUAAUGUAGUCCACUAUAUUAUAGAGAAUAGGGCCCUGGUCUAAUGUAGUCCACUAUAUUAUAGAGAAUAGGGCCCUGCUCUAAUGUAGUCCACUAUAUUAUAGAGAAUAGGGCCCUGCUCUAAUGUAGUCCACUAUAUUAUAGAGAAUAGGGCCCUGCUCUAAUGUAGUCCACUAUAUUAUAGAGAAUAGGGCCCUGGUCUAAUGUAGUCCACUAUAUUAUAGAGAAUAGGGCUCUGGUUUAAUGUAGUCCACUAUAUUAUAGAGAAUAGGGCCCUGUUCUAAUGUAGUCCACUAUAUUAUAGAGAAUAGGGCCCUGCUCUAAUGUAGUCCACUAUAUUAUAGAGAAUAGGGCCCUGCUCUAAUGUAGUCCACUAUAUUAUAGAGAAUAGGGCCCUGGUCUAAUGUAGUCCACUAUAUUAUAGAGAAUAGGGCCCUGCUCUAAUGUAGUCCACUAUAUUAUAGAGAAUAGGGCCCUGGUCUAAUGUAGUCCACUAUAUUAUAGAGAAUAGGGCUCUGAUCUAAAGUAGUGCACUAUAUUAUAGAGAAUGUCCCCAACUCCAUCAGGAGACCACUGUUCUGUUGACCUUUACAAUGAGUCCAUGCCCUGUCCCCAACUCCAUCAGGAGACCACUGUUCUGUUGACCUUUACACAUUCAGCCCUGUCCCCAACUCCAUCAGGAGACCACUGUUCUGUUGACCUUUACACAUUCAGCCCUGUCCCCAACUCCAUCAGGUGACCACUGUUCUGUUGACCUUUACACAUUCAGCCCUGUCCCCAACUCCAUCAGGAGACCCCUGUUCUGUUGACCUUUACAAUGAGUCCAUGCCCUGUCCCCAACUCCAUCAGGAGACCACUGUUCUGUUGACCUUUACAAUGAGUUCAUGCCCUGUCCCCAACUCCAUCAGGUGACCACUGUUCUGUUGACCUUUACACAUUCAGCCCUGUCCCCAACUCCAUCAGGAGACCCCUGUUCUGUUGACCUUUACAAUGAGUUCAUGCCCUGUCCCCAACUCCAUCAGGAGACCCCUGUUCUGUUGACCUUUACACAUUCAGCCCUGUCCCCAACUCCAUCAGGAGACCCCUGUUCUGUUGACCUUUACAAUGAGUCCAUGCUCUGUCCCCAACUCCAUCAGGAGACCACUGUUCUGUUGACCUUUACACAUUCAGCCCUGUCCCCAACUCCAUCAGGAGACCACUGUUCUGUUGACCUUUACACAUUCAGCCCUGUCCCCAACUCCAUCAGGAGACCACUGUUCUGUUGACCUUUACAAUGAGUCCAUGCCCUGUCCCCAACUCCAUCAGGAGACCACUGUUCUGUUGACCUUUACAAUGAGUCCAUGCCCUGUCCCCAACUCCAUUAGGAGACCACUGUUCUGUUGACCUUUACAAUGAGUCCAUGCCCUGUAUGUACUGAAUACAUUAGAAUA